AUGAAGGAGUCUGUUCGAAUCGUGGUGGUCGGAGACCACUCCGCAGGAAAGACCUCGCUGAUCAAGACUUUGAUCUCCGAAGAGUUUGAUAAUGAGGUGCCCCCGACGCUUCCGGUGGUUGUGAUCCCUCCGGAGGUCGUUCCUGAGAGAGUGCACGUGUCUAUUGUGGACACGUCCUCAAAACCAGCAGACAAGGCCCAGCUGGAGGGGGAACUUCUGAGGGCCGACGUUAUCGUCCUUGUGUACGAUGUAUCAAAGAAAGAUGCUCUGCAACGUGUCCGCUCGUUCUGGCUACACGAAUUCGACCGACUGCGUCUGGAUGUGCCCGUUAUUCUUGUGGGUAAUAAAAUGGAUCUGCGCGGGGGCUCGGCCGAGAACCCAUCGUAUUCCUUAGAAAACGAAAUCAUGCCUAUUAUGAACGAGUACAAAAAUUUGGAAACGUGCAUCGAAGCAUCUUCCAAGCAGCUUUUUAACGUAGCCGAGGUAUUUUACUUUGCGCAAAAGGCUGUCUUGCAUCCAACUGCACCAAUAUAUGACGUCAAGGAACAUCGGCUGAAACCGCUUGCCGUUGCCGCCCUGAAGCGGAUUUUCCGCUUAUGUGAUGCGGAUCAUGAUGGAAAACUGAAUGAUCACGAGUUGAAUGAGUUUCAGUUCAAGUGCUUUAAUGUUCAUUUGCGAAACGAGGAGCUCGUCGGAGUCAAAAACGUCGUGCGCGAGAAUGCUCGGAGCGGGCUAGACGCGGACGGGAAUCUCACUUUUGAUGGGUUUCUUUACUUGCACACUCUCUUCAUUAUCAAGGGACGAGCAGAGACUUGCUGGACGGUAUUUCGGCGUUUCGGGUACGACGACGAUCUCCGGCUGAACCUGGCACAGGUUGUACCUGAACUGCGCCGCCAGCCAGAUCAAAGCAUAGAAAUGACGGAGCAUUGUCUCAAGUUUCUGGAGCGCAUCUUCGGGCUCUGUGAUGCCGACAAGGACAAUGCACUCUCACCAACGGAGCUAGCAGAGGUUUUCAGCCCUGUGCCGCCGGACGUGAGCUUCCAUCUCUACCUCGGAGUCGAGAACGAGUCGAACACCGAGGCAGUUGGAACGCAGUAUCCUGUUCUCACCCGGCUGAAUCCGAAGGGCCAUCUUGAACUGGAAGGAUUUAUCAGCUGCUGGUGCCAGCGAUUCCUUGCUGACCCAGAGCUCGCUCUGCUGAAUCUCAUAUACGUUGGAUACGACGGGGACGCAUUGUCCGCGGUACGAGUCACGAAGCGCCGACGCCGCGAGCGCCGCGCUACGAUCUCGUCACGCACUGUGCUGCAUGCAUGCAUUCUGGGGCCAACCGGGGCCGGGAAGACUAGUUUUUUGCGAGCUUUUGUUGGGAGGCGUUUCAGUGAAAACCUUGCCCACACGAAAGGUCGACUUGCUGCUUCAGCAUCCCUGAAAAUUGCACUUCCGAAUACAGGAUCUGCGACUGAGCCCCGAGUGUUGACAAGGACCCUCGUACUCACGGAGAUUUCGGACCAUGUGGUGGAUGAAUUCCUGGCGUCAGAGAGGGAGAUAGAGUCAUGUGACGCAGCCGUCCUAAUCUACGAUUUAAGCGAUGCCUCAUCGUUCGGAUACGUUGCGCGAUUAUUUGGGGCGCUCAGAACGAUACGACCCGAUUUGCCGUGCCUAAUACUGGCUAGCAAGCAAGAUCUUCCCGCUGUAGAACAGGAGUGGCCGGACAGUCCCUCGAAGUUCUGUAUGGAUGAGGGUCUAUCGUUGCCGACAAAAAUAUCUUUCCGUGAGAGCCCUCCUGUGCAGGUAUAUUCAUCCGUGGCGAUGCUUUGUUUGACACCCACGGGCAGGCCACAAAUGGAGUCAAAGAGCACAGUUACAAGACAAGUGCUUCGGUAUGCUGCUGGCACUGCCCUGAUUGGCGCUGUUGCUGGCUGCGUCUAUUUGGCGGGUAAGAAAAUUUACAAAAUGGUGAAGGACGGGAGGCCAGCGGCGCGCGCAAACUAG